ACGGUUUGAAUCUGGUUCCUCGACCAUAAAAAGCGAGCCGUCACUCGUUGGUCCCUCCCUCCCUGCCUCUCUUCUUCGGCUACGCUGCCCUCAACCUGCCAGAAACCAAACACCGGAAAACAACAAUGUCUGAGAAACUUAACUACAAAGUUGCUGACAUAAGCCUGGCCGAAUGGGGGCGCAAAGCCAUCGACAUCGCGGAGAACGAGAUGCCCGGCCUGAUGAAGAUGAGGGAGAUGUACGGCCAGUCCAAGCCGCUGAAGGGCGCCCGUAUCGCCGGCUGCCUCCACAUGACGCUGCAGACCGCCGUGCUCAUCGAGACCCUCACUGCCCUCGGCGCUGAGGUUCAGUGGUCAAGCUGCAACAUCUUCUCCACACAGGACCACGCCGCCGCCGCCAUCGCCAAGUCUGGAGUUCCAGUGUACGCGUGGAAGGGCAUGACCGACGAGGAGUACGUGUGGUGCAUCGAGCAGACUCUGCACUUCAAGGACGGCAAGGCCCUCAACAUGAUCCUGGACGACGGAGGAGACCUGACCAACAUGGUCCACCAGAAGUACCCCAAGCUGCUGGCAGGUAUCCGCGGCCUGUCGGAGGAGACGACCACCGGAGUCCACAACCUCUACAAGAUGCUGAAAAAGGGAGAUUUAAAAGUUCCCGCCAUCAACGUCAACGACUCCGUCACGAAGAGCAAGUUUGACAACCUGUACGGCUGCAGGGAGAGCCUGAUCGACGGCAUCAAGAGGGCCACCGACGUGAUGAUCGCCGGGAAGGUGGCCGUGGUGGCCGGCUACGGCGACGUGGGCAAAGGCUGCGUGCAGGCGCUGCGUGGCUUCGGCGCUCGCGUCAUCGUCACGGAGAUCGACCCCAUCAACGCCCUGCAGGCCGCCAUGGAGGGUUAUGAGGUCACCACCAUGGACGAGGCCUCUAAGGAGGGAAACAUCUUUGUUACCACCACCGGCUGUGAGGACAUCAUUCUGGGACACCACUUUGAGAACAUGAAGGACGACGCCAUCGUCUGCAACAUCGGACACUUUGACUGCGAGAUCGACAUGGGCUGGCUCAACAAGAACGCUGCAGAGAAGAUCAACAUCAAACCUCAGGUCGACCGCUAUCGCAUGAAGAGCGGCCGUCACAUCAUCGUCCUGGCCGAGGGGCGUCUGGUGAACCUUGGGUGUGCCAUGGGACACCCGUCCUUCGUCAUGAGCAACUCCUUCACCAAUCAGGUUCUGGCUCAGAUCGAGUUGUGGGAAAACACCGCCAAGUACCCCAUCGGAGUCUACUUCCUACCCAAGAAGCUGGAUGAGCAGGUGGCGGCCGCCCAUCUGGACAAACUGGGGGUGAAGCUGACGAAGCUGACAGACAAGCAGGCGCAGUACCUGGGUUUGCCCACCGAGGGGCCCUUCAAGCCGGACCACUACCGCUACUGAGCGACCCGCAAUGGAGCCGGGUUCGCUGUAUGGGAGCACUUUGGACCCUCAGCUCUGCUGCUGGGGGGAGGGGGGGCCGUCUGUGUUGGUUUCCUUCUCCCCAGUUUCUGAUUUAUUAAAAUGGCCGUUCAAAUAUAAUGCUAAAGAAAAGUUUCCCACAAGUUCAUCCCGGUCGCCUCGUUGGGACUCGGGUUGUAAGAGUUGAACCAAACUGCCAAAGUCUGCUGCCUUCGCCAGUAGCUUUAUGUAAGAGUCCAAUCAGGAGGGUCAAAGGUCAAAGCAGCAUCCAGAUGUGCAGUUCAGUCUCAUCGUCAGUCCUUCUUAACACUUCUGAAACAUUGAGUGCUUUCAGGGGACUCUUCACUAAAAAUAAACCAAUCUUUCUGUGUUUUAACCUGCGACUGGUUGCACCAGAUGUUUUUUCUUGGUUCUGGAUCUUUUGACUGAGGUUUCGUGGACCGAGGCCUCGCGCCUGUGUUCACUGUCAGCACUUAUGAAAGCUCUUUGUUUACUCAUUAUCCCAGUGAGGCCUUCUGCUGCCACCAAAUCAACAAAGUCUUAUUCUGUUUUUAUUCUUUAUUCUUGUUGUGCCGGGGCCAAAGCAGGCCGGUUAAAGAAGUGUGACCAGGAAAAUAAACAUGUGACUGGACUGUU